AUGGCACCUGCAAGCGUCGCCUCUCCUCCCAAGAGGCGCAAGCUUUCUACUUCACCGUCUAAAGUGGCGGGUCCAAGCGGCUCGGCGCAGCCCUCCCUUCUCUCCUUCUUUGGCAAUGGUCCGCCAAGAGCAUCGUCACCAUCGCCUUCGGACUCUCUAAGGCGCACACCAUCAGAUCAGCGGCAGCUCACCAAUGCUCCUGCAGACGAUGCCAAAGCAGAACGCACCGCCGAGUGUCCAAUAUGCGCCAAAAGCGUCCCCUUCAACACAGUCGAAGCCCACGUCAAUACCUGUCUCGACGCUGCAGACUCGAUAGCACCUGAGCCACAGAUUCUCAGAGAUCACGUCAACGAGCAGCCUGUCGCACCACCAAAUGAUGUAGCGACCAGGCAGGAGUGCUCUCCUGCGCCGCCUCUUGACUCUCCGGCUUCUCUCAACCAGACCUCGACGCAUCCGACAGUGCCACCCCAGGCCGUCAAGCUCACAUCAAUAUCGGAGCUAGCAUCAACAUUGGAUGCCUCGGUCGCUCCCACAAACGAAACUAUGUCGACUUCGGUCGGGACCAGGACUCCAUCGUCCCGUUUAGCCUCAGUCAAGAAGGCAGCCUCGUCUGCUUUCACAGUGCUGAUGCAGUCUCACUCCGAGUCGAAGCAGUGGGCCACAGCAGAUGCAGUCGAAGCAGCAAACUAUCGCGGCAAGGCGAGGUCACGACCCGAAGCUCGUACCGCUCCCUUCUACAAGGCGCUCGAAGGCAUGCCAAUCACCGUUGAUGCCUUCCGCUUUGGCAAAAUCGAAGGCUGCCGCGGCUACUUUCUCACCCACUUCCACAGCGACCAUUACGGAGGCAUGACUGCCAACUGGAAUCAUGGUCCCAUCUAUUGUAGUGUCACUACCGCCAAUCUUUGCCACACUCACCUCGGUGUCGAUCGGCAAUGGCUCCGGCCGCUCCCGAUGGAAGUCGCCGUACCUGUUCCGGACAGCGGAGGCGUCAUGGUCACCUGCAUCGAAGCCAACCACUGUCCUGGCUCAUGUCUUUUCCUCUUCGAAGGGCCGCAGACAUCCCAGCUUCUCUCGCGAAAUCAUGCAAGUCCCUACAUCGGCACCGGCAAGAUCUUUCGCUACUUGCAUUGCGGUGAUUUUCGUGCAAGCCCUGUGCACACGAAUCAUCCCUCGAUAGCUGGCAAGAAGCUGGAUAUAAUCUACCUCGAUACGACCUAUUGCAACCCACGCUACUGUUUCCCAGCGCAGGACCAGGUCAUCGAGGCUUGCGCCGAGCUGGUACGUCGCAUCGUACCCGAAGCCCAGCUGGAAGCGAACCGGGCGGCUGUCAAGACGGAGGGUGAAGCGGAAGACUGGACUGUAGCACCGCCUCGUCGGACAAAGAACAGUAUCGAUACGAACAGCGCAUCUGCUAACGCGUUCAAAGGCUGGCUCAGCACGAAAGUGGAGAAUGCCGACGGCACCCUUUCAGCUUUGCCACUCCCGUCAAUAUCAAGAGACUCGAGCUUCAACGAUCUCAAGACGGAGGACGCAUCAGAUACAGCUUCCGUCAAGCAAGAAGAAACACAGGACGACGAUCUCAAUUAUGACGACGAGGAGUUCUUCUACGGGGAGCAGCGAGACGACUUUCCCGACGAGGAUCCCGUCGAUGCAUCGGAAGACUCGCCUGCGCCACGUGUCAAGCUCGAGCCAUCGGAAGACGCCCUGCUCGACUUUCAGGCGGACUUGAAAGCAGAACCGCCAGUCACAGAUGCAAUUCAGCAAGAGAUUAAAGCGGAGGUCAAAGCGGAAGAGCAGGUCAGCACCGACAUCAAGCCGGACGCAUCCGCGGACACCAAGCCUGCAUCCAACUGGCUUGCCAAGCAUUCCGAGUCCUCACGCGACGCAGUCUCCACCACGCGACGUCGCGACGGCGGUCGUCUCCUCGUCGUCAUCGGCACCUACACCAUCGGCAAAGAGCGCAUCGUCAAAGCCGUCGCUCGCGCCAUGCACUCCAAGAUCUUCUGCAUGGACUCGCGCAAGUACCGCGUCUACGCCCAACUCGAAGACCCUGAGCUGCACUCGAUGCUCACCCGCUCCCCCUCCGCCGCAGUGCACGUCACCAACCUGCAUGCGAUCAACGGCGAAGGUCUUCGGGAUGUCGCCGCCGCCCUUCGCACGCGUGGGCACGACUUCACCCACGCAGUAGCCUUCCGUCCCACAGGGUGGACAUACAAGCCGCCGGCUGGCAUGGACACCGUCUCUCCCUCCCUCGACCGCCUCAUCCAGUGGAACCAAGGUCGUACAUUCGGUUGUCAGAACCUCUACCCGACGCGCGACAGCACGCCGGACUACAUGAUCUACGGCGUGCCCUAUUCCGAGCACUCGAGCUUCUUCGAGCUCACGGCAUUCGCGCUGAGCACGCGGUACGAUCGCAUCAUCGCCACCGUCAACGUGGGCAGUCCGGCGAGUCGGGCCAAGAUGGCCAAGUGGUUCGAAAAAUGGAUGCUCGAGAAGCGACGCAGGGAAAAGAACGGUUUGGGUGAGCUCGAGGCUCGUGCCGUCACCUACUGGUAA